AUGAUGGCUGAGGAGCUGAAGAAGGAGCAGGACACCAGUUCUCACCUGGAGAGGAUGAAGAAGAACCUGGAGGUCACAGUCAAGGACCUGCAGCACCGUCUGGAUGAGGCUGAGAAUCUGGCCAUGAAGGGAGGCAAGAAGCAGCUCCAGAAACUGGAGUCCAGGGUACGUGAGCUGGAGGCUGAGGUGGAGUCCGAGCAGAGAAGAGGUGUAGACGCAGUUAAGGGAGUUCGCAAGUACGAGCGCAGAGUCAAGGAGCUCACAUACCAAACUGAGGAGGACAAUAAGAAUAUUAUCAGACUUCAGGAUCUAGUAGAAAAGCUGCAGCUUAAAGUGAAGGCCUACAAGAGGCAGGCUGAGGAAGCGGAGGAACAAGCCAACCAGCACAUGUCUAAGUUCCGUAAGGUUCAGCAUGAGCUGGAGGAGGCUGAAGAACGCGCUGACAUUGCAGAGUCCCAGGUCAACAAGCUCAGAGUCAAGAGCCGUGACUCUGGAAAGGCCAAAGAAGAGUAA